GCAUCCAAACAAACAUGAAGGUCUCAGCUCCAAUCACAUCUCUCCGUGCAGCUUGAUUACUAUCACCUGUGUGUCCACUUCCAUGAAUUUGGUGCAAAACAACCUGACUUCACCACCUUUAGGUGGAGGUAUUUUUGCUUAGUACAUCCGCGGUAUUAUGUUCCCAAAGUCCAUCGUCACCGGACGGCAGUGAUUCCUGCCUUGAAUCAUGCUGACCAACACAGGCCCGGUGGCCAAACUCUACUUGUCCAUAAUUGAUGAUGUGAUUGAGAGUAUGAGGGAGCUCUUCUUGGAUGAAGGGCUUGAAGACCGCGUCCUGGACGAUUUAAGACAUCUUUGGGAGUCAAAGAUGAUGCAGUCAAAAGCAAUGGAAGACUUCCGGAAAAAUAACAUCAACUCAUCCAACUUUGUACUGCAGCUCCCUGCCAACUACAGUCGGACCGAUCAAGAACUCACAGCCUCAAUUGUGAUCCCUGCAAGUCAGAAUAUCCACAGUUUCCCCAUGAAGAACAAUUCAGAGAUGCUUCCUACUUUCUCUCUACCUGCUGGGUUAACUUACCCUGUGCAGAUACCAGCUGGAGUCACUCUACAAACAGCUUCUGGUCAACUUUACAAGGUCAAUGUUCCUGUUGUGGUCACUCAGGCCCCGUUGGGUCAGCCACUUGUAUCCCAAUUCACACAGAAGGUCAGUGAGCGGAGAGAAGCUCCUGUCCCUCAGUCAGCUGCAGCCCCACCAAAUACCUCCCGUCGUCCUCAGGAGGUGGAGCCACCCUCUGUCCCGGCUACUUCUGACAAGCAGCCGCCACAUCCAAAGACCGAUUUCCUCCCCGGUCAGGAGAGCAGCCUCCCCCAGCAGCCGCUAGUUUCUCCUGCUGAGACCUCGCAGCCUCAGGGGGCCCACGCGCCAGAGCCGGAGGUCACGCAGGAAGAAAAUGAGCCGAGUCCACAACCCGAACCCCUGAACCUCAGUAUGAGCGCCUCACCCUUGAGUCAGUUAUUAGACUUCCAGAGCAGCACCGAGGAGGCUUUGACACAGACGGGACAGUUAAAGACCAGAGACAUCGAUGACAUCCUGAAGGAAGUGAUUGAGGAGGAGAGGGAGAAGGCAGAAAUGGCCCGCAAUCUGGCGCCUGCUAAGACUGACAACCAGUCUGAGGCUGUUCUUGGGCUGGACCUGGACUACAACUACAGCGAACUCUCAGACAUCGUUCAGCUGGAUGGUCCUGCAGACAACUCUGACAUGGAAGAGGAAGAGGCCGUUUCCCUGGAAGACAACGACUUCCUGGGUAUAAUCAACGCGGAGGCCAUAAAGGCCCUGCAGGAAGGAGACGGAAGCAGUGACGGCAACAGCAUCUCCUCCGACAGCGACGGAGCAGAUGAACUCGCCAACGUAGAGGAUGAGGACCCUUUGAACUCGGGUGAUGAUGUGAUUGAGCAGGACAUCCCAGAUCUCUUUGACACUGACAACGUAAUUGUUUGCCAGUAUGACAAAAUUCACCGCAGUAAGAACCGCUGGAAGUUUCAUUUGAAGGAUGGAGUGAUGUGUUACGGAGGCAGGGACUAUGUGUUCUCUAAAGCUGUUGGGGAAGCCGAGUGGUGAUGAGCUUUAGUUCCCUUGAAUGCAUCAGAUAAUCGUGGAAAGAGAGGAAACUGAUUUAAAAAGGAAAAAUAAUGAGGGAAUUUAGACGUCUUGGUGGUGUAAUUUGUCUAAAAACACCUGCAAAAGCACCUCUGUGCAAAAUCGGAUACUUUUAUUUUCUUUCAUUAUGUAAUUAUCAGAGCAAUACUGCAAGUCGUUUAUGAUGUUACAACCAAUUACUAACGGCGUUGCUCGUGAAUCCAGUCUGCUGAGACAAACGGCAUGAAUUUAUGUUGUAUAUUUUGCUGAAAAUAGUUUUCUUUAUUACUGAAGCGAAACAUAAUUUGAUCUGGAAUGUGUUUUCUUCUGUCAUGGUCAUGUUGCUUUGAGGGUACCUAAUGUGCUGUUUGAUUUUUCAAACUUUGUAAUGUCUUGCCUUUAAUCCUGCUUCAAAUACACCGAGCUGCACUGUUGUGCUGCAUUCAAUGAACUCUUUUCUUUCUGUGCAAGCCCGUACAA